CAUUGUUCUCUGCUGCCUCUCUUCGCUACUCACCAUGUCAGCCCAGAGCAUAGCUCGCUGGAAUGCAAUUCCCAUGUCUCGACCCGAUACAGACAAUCAAGAACAAGCACAAUCUGUGCAAGAUAAAACCAAUUCCAUGAAGCGCUCUCACCAAGAUGUUGAUGAUAACGAAGACGACAACGUCUCGCUCGUCUCAAGGUCACCAUCGCCUCACCCCGAUGCAACAGACAUUGAAAAAUAUGACGAAUAUGUCCGCGGUCCAGAAAGGGAGGUCAUCACGGUCGAGACCAAGAUCAAAAGCACCAACAAGGGCUUCGCAUUACUCGCAAAACUCGGUUGGUCAGAGGGUCAGCCGUUGGGACUAUCUGCAGACGCGCGUGUCGAUCCUAUACCAUUUCAUGUGAAAAAUGAUUUGACUGGUCUAGGAAAAACUACUCAGGAUUUUCGAAUGAUCGAGACAACAGUUGCCGAAAGGCGCAAGUUGGACUCCGAGCGACAGCGAAAAGAAACCGAAGAUCAACGAAAAGCGCGAGAGGACGAUGCUGCCCGUCGCGCUGCACUCAAAUCGGAAAUUUCGGAUACGCUCAAAGCGUUCUACUGCUCGCUUUGUGAAAAACAAUUCCAAAAUGUCGCACAGUAUGACGAGCACACAAACUCGUACGCUCAUCACCACAAGGCCCGCCUCCGGGAUAUGCAAGCCAACACACGUAUGACAUCCCAAGAAGAUGUCGAUAAGCGUAAGGAAAAGGAGCGCAAGCGAGAAGAAAAGGAACUUCGCAAAAUUGCCAAGGCAGCUGGGAUCAAGAUGGCAAAGCCUACAACUACACCAGCUCCUGCGGCUCCUGCACAGGCUCCUGCUGCUGCGGAAGCGUCACCCCCCUCUGACGCACAAUCAAGCACCUUCAAGAAAGCUGGCUGGGCAACUGUUUCAGCACCAGUUGAGCCUUCGACUAGUUUCAAGCGGCCAGGUUGGGCAUCUUUGGAUUCCAAUGCGUCGUCCUCUGUGCCUUCCGCACCACUCCCACUCGCACCACCGCCAGCGCAUACUCCGCCUCCAGCUUCUCGCAGCGUAGCAAGUGCUACACCAAUAUUUCGCACCGGUGGCUGGACAUCUCUUGACGUCGGCAGCUCUCAGUCGGUCACCCCACCUCCUCCCAAUAAUAUUGCAGCGCCACCGCCUCCACCACCCAAUGUAGCCCCUCCCCCUCCCCCAGUUCCCCCUAGAAAUGCACCCCCUCCGGGCAGUCGGCCUCCAUUCCCGCCAGCAAAUGUGCGUCCACCUAGUGUACCCCUCCCUCCCUCCGCGCCUCCACCCAGUGGGCCACCUCCCUUCCCUCCCACAACAGGCGGCUGGGGCCCUGUUGCGCACCCCUCUGAUUCUAGGAGACGGGACCAGGGCUUUGCUCCUGUGCCGACGUUCUCUCAACCUCCGCCUCCGGCAGCAGCUGUCCCACCUACAUCAUCCACUCCAAUGGCUGCGGUCCCUCCGCCUGCUGCUCCUCAAGCAAGAACAGGUUGGCAGCAAUGGAAACAAGGCUCUGGGUCGAAACGGAGAUAGAGUACUUACAUACAUCUCUGUUAUUCACCAUGCUGAUUAUCUUUUUUGUUGUUCAACGUUAACUCUUGACAUCUACAAAAUGUAACGACGGAGUAUGUGGUUCUGCAGAUGCAAUUUGCGUGACUCUCGUGUUCAUGUUACAAUCUCACUGGUGUGGAAGUGCCAGUGGAGCUUCGCCGGCAAUUGCUUGAUCUGUAGUACCUCAACCUUGCUCUGCCGCCGUCUACAUCGAAAAAUGCAGUUCGGGCGA